CCAUUUAGAAUGGAUAACUCAAAACUUCACGAGAUCAAGAAAGACGUGCCUCAGAUAGAGAAGACUGCACCAACUGAUUUGAGAAUAAAGAAGAGGAGGAAGAAACGUGCUCAACCCACUGCGGAGAGGAGUAGCACGUCAGCAUCUAGCUUGUCGGAUAGUACUCCUAAAGUUGAGGAUCUGGGAAAGGAGGAGUUCUAUGACGCAAAUGCCAGCUUACAUGAUAUACCAGAUAACCAAGCAAAGCCCGCAGCAACAGUUGCCUUGGCUCAAGCACAUUCUGAACACGGUCAAGAUCCAAAAGCAGAACAAACUGCAACAACUCAAAGGACUUCUGCCACUCCACGACAACCAUCUACUGUUACGAAACCUGUAGUUCCUCCAGAUGCAAAGCAAUAAGGUGUUCAGGGAAACAUUUGGCUUUCAAGGAACAAGUAUUAUAUAAUUAACAAUACAAUAAAAUAUUUAUGGAA